UUUCAAAAAUGAUCCAGCAAAUGUACCUCCUCGUUGGCCUGCUGAUUCAUCUUCCAAAAUGGAUAAAACCACUCAUAGGUAUUGGUCUCUGUAACUUCUAUCUACUCCAGAACAAACAGAUAAACAGAAUCAGAGGUCCACACAGAUUCAACUGAGGAUGCCAAGCUUAACGCUCUCACAUUCGCUGCUUCCUUCUCCAACAUCUCCCAGAGCUAAUAGUGUUUCCCAUUUGUUUUCUUCCACCAGCUUAAGUUUUUCUCCCUCCAACAUCCACUCUUCAAGGCUUUCCUUUGGCUAUCCAACUCUUUUUCUCUCAAGAAAUACCAAGCAAUGGAGUGAAAACAAGUGCCUUGUCUCACCAACUAUAGAUGCUCUUGAACUUCGGUGCCUUAAUUUCAAGACUUGUAGUACCACUAGUGAAUCAAGGAAGAUUGUCAACUAUGGUAGUUCAUCAGCUAAAUCACCCUCGAAGAGUAACCCAAGUGACAUUUUAAUGGAUGGUACACUGUCUGAUUUCUCACUUCAUAGCUUGCUGAAAUUUAUGGCUCUCUUUGGGUUCCUUGUGAUUCAGCAAUCCGAACCGGCAAUUGCGGCUUCAGACAUUGCAAGUGGAUUGCAAUCAAUUCCUUAUUUUGGAGACUUUGGUGACAUUAGCACAGGUUUUGCCUCAGCAUUCUUGCUGAUUUUUUUCUCUGAACUGGGAGACAAGACCUUUUUCAUCGCGGCACUUUUAGCAGCUAGGAAUUCUGCGGCAAUUGUUUUCACAGGGACUUUUGGUGCCCUUGCGGCAAUGACGAUUGUAUCUGUUGUCCUUGGACGAACUUUUCACUAUGUUGAUGAAAUCCUGCCAUUCAGGUUUGGUGAGACUGAUUUGCCAGUAGAUGAUAUUGCUGCUGUCUGCCUUUUGGUGUAUUUUGGAGUUUCAACAUUGCUUGAUGCCACUUCAGAUGACAAUCAAAGAGCAGAAGAUGAACAAAAGGAGGCAGAGCUAGCAGUUUCAGAAUUUUCAGGAAAUGGUGCUGGGAUUUUAUCUGCUGCUAACACUGUCAUAAGCACUUUCAUUUUAGUCUUUGUUGCUGAAUGGGGUGACAAAUCAUUUUUCUCCACAAUAGCUUUAGCAGCUGCUUCUUCACCCCUUGGAGUCAUCGCGGGAGCACUUGUUGGUCAUGGUGUUGCAACUCUGAUUGCUGUUUUGGGAGGUUCCUUGCUGGGAACAUUCUUGUCAGAGAAGGUAAUGUUAAAAUUUGAAAUGCUUUCAAUUUAUACCCUAGUGUGGUUUUUGCCAACUUAGAUAUUUGAGCGUCACUUUAUUACACAUUAGUUG